CGCGUUUUGAUUGGAGCACGCAGACGACAGACUCGCGCCAGUUUUUGCAGUUGGACCUCCAAUUUGUUGUCUCCCAGUGCAGAAAGAAAAUACAUUGUUAAAAAUAUAUAUAUAAUAACUGAUAAGUUACUUAACACAGUGGGUUUAAGUAAAACCACAUUACUCAACAAUCAUGGCUCCUAAGGAUUACUUGGCUGAGAAAGAGAAAUGCAAGAAGUUCCUUCAAGAGUUUUACAGUGAGGAUGACAAUGGAAAGAAGGUCUUCAAAUAUGGAGCUCAACUUGUUUCCCUGUCCCACAGGGAGCAGGUGGCUUUGCAAGUGGACCUGGACGAUGUGGCCGAGGAGGACCCAGAGUUGGUGGAGAGCAUCUGUGAAAAUGCCAAACGCUACAUGGGCCUGUUCGCUGAUGCCGUCCACGAGCUGCUACCAGAGUACCGUGAGAGAGAGGUGGUGGCCAAGGAUUCCCUGGAUGUGUACAUUGAGCAUAGGCUGAUGAUGGAGCAGAGAGGUCACGACACCGCAGACACCAGGGAUCCUCGCAACCAGUACCCAGCAGAGCUCAUGAGGAGAUUUGAGCUCUACUUCAAACCGCCCAGCACUGCCAAACCCAAAGUGGUCCGUGAUGUCCGUGCAGACAGCAUUGGCCAGUUGGUGACCGUUAGGGGCAUCGUGACCCGUGCCACUGAGGUCAAGCCCAUGAUGGCAGUUGCCACCUACACCUGUGACCAGUGUGGGGCAGAGACAUACCAGCCGAUUCAAUCCCCCACAUUCAUGCCCCUCAUCAUGUGUCCCAGUCAAGAGUGUGUCACCAACAAGUCAGGCGGCCGCCUCUACCUGCAGACCCGAGGCUCAAAGUUUGUCAAGUUCCAGGAACUGCGCAUACAGGAACACAGUGACCAGGUUCCUGUGGGAAACAUCCCCCGGAGCAUGACCAUCUACACCCGCGGGGAGAACACACGCGUGGCCCAGCCCGGAGACCACGUGGCUAUCUCCGGCGUCUUCCUCCCCCUGCUGCGUAAUGGCUUCAGGCAGGCUGUCCAAGGUCUGCUUUCAGAGACGUACCUGGAGUCCCACGGCAUCACUCUAAUGAACAAGACUGAGGAUGAUGAGCUGGGCACAGCAGAGCUGAGUGAGGAAGAGCUGCGCCAGAUCACAGAGGAAGAUUUCUAUGAGAAGCUUGCUGGCUCCAUUGCCCCUGAGAUUUUUGGUCAUGAAGAUGUGAAAAAGGCUCUGCUGCUGCUGCUGGUUGGAGGAGUGCAGCAGGCCCCCAAGGGUAUGAAGAUCAGAGGCAACAUAAACAUCUGUCUGAUGGGAGACCCAGGAGUAGCUAAGUCCCAACUGCUGUCUUACAUUGACCGCCUGGCUCCUCGCAGCCAGUAUACAACGGGCCGAGGUUCCUCUGGCGUGGGCCUGACGGCAGCGGUGAUGCGUGACCCUCUCACCGGGGAGAUGACCCUGGAGGGCGGCGCACUGGUGCUGGCCGACCAGGGUGUCUGCUGCAUCGACGAAUUUGACAAGAUGGCAGAUGCCGAUCGCACAGCCAUCCACGAGGUGAUGGAGCAGCAGACCAUCUCCAUUGCCAAGGCGGGCAUCAUGACCUCCCUCAACGCCCGCUGCUCCAUCCUGGCGGCCGCCAACCCUGCCUAUGGCCGCUACAACCCGCGAAAGACCAUAGAGCAGAAUAUCCAGCUGCCAGCCGCCCUGCUCUCCCGUUUCGACCUGCUGUGGCUCAUCCAGGACAAGCCUGACGCUGAGGCCGAUCUCCGCCUGGCCCAGCACAUCACCUAUGUUCACCAGCACUGCCGCCAGCCACCCACUCACUUCACCCCCAUCGAUAUGAAGCUCAUGAGACGUUACAUCUCCCUGUGUAAGAGGCGACAGCCCGUCAUACCUGAGUCGCUGGCUGAUUACAUCACGGCAGCCUACGUGGAGAUGAGGAAGGAGGCGCGUGUCAGCAAGGACUGUACCUUCACCUCCGCCCGUACACUCCUGUCCAUCCUCCGCCUCUCCACUGCCCUGGCCCGUUUGCGGCUGGUGGAUGUGGUGGAGAAAGAGGAUGUGAACGAGGCGAUGAGGCUCAUGGAAAUGUCCAAGGACUCCCUGCAGGCCGACAAGUCCAGCACCACCAGAGCCCAUCGGCCAGCGGACGUGAUCUUCUCCCUGCUGCGUGAGCUGGCCACGGAGGGUGUGAAGGGCCGGGGUGGGUCUGGGGGCCUGGUUCGCAUGGCAGAGGCCGAACAGCGGUGUGUUUCCCGUGGCUUCACCCCUGCCCAGUUCCAGGAGGCCCUGGAGGAGUAUGAGGAGCUCAACGUGUGGCAAGUCAACCAGGCCCGUACCCGCAUCACCUUCGUCUAAAGCAGGGCUGUUUGAUUCCAGUCCUAGAGGGCCUGAAUACUUUCUGGUAUUUAAUUGUACUCAACUGGUGUCCCUGGUCUGAAUUAGUCCCUGAUUAGGAGGAGGGGAUGAAAACCAGAAGUGUUUCGGCACUCCAGGACUGACCUUGCGCCCCCUUCACCAGCCACAGGCCUUUUUCACCCAAACCCGGUCAAGGGCUAUGCCUGUGACGAGAUGCUUAAUGGGCUGCUGACUGCGAUGGGACCCCUUAGUGUGUCCCCAUCUACGCCGUUACAACAAAUAAUUAAAUGUAAACAUGCAUGGUGGUUCUUGGCUUUGUUUUGGAAUGGUUAAAUGUUGCUAACUUUUCUUCCUUGGCUAUUAAAUGCUUUUAAAAAAAAUGUUAGAUGGCUGCUCUCAAAUAAAACUCUGUAAAUACAA